AUGACUAGCAAAGGCGGUCCUACGGAGUUGAAGAAGGCACCUGCUCAAACUUUGACAACAAAGAAGAUAUCUCGACGCGAAGAGUCAAUGGCCUCGGCGUCCGACUUACCAGCCCAGAAAAAGCAGAAGACUGAGCCCGAUAGCAUGGAGAAGUCAGUCGGAAAGCCACAGCAGACUGUCGCACCAAAGCAGAAACGGAACGCGUUCAGCGAGUCCUUGGGCUUCGAUACGAUCGUGAUCCUUGUGGGAGAAGACAAAUAUCCCUACACACUUCACAAGUCGCGCCUCUGUGCCAUCUCGGACUUCUUCGAGAAAGCUUUCACUGGACUAUUCAAGGAGGCCAACGAAAAGCAGAUGAUCUUGAACGAUGUCGAUAUUGCUACAUUUGAUGGCUUUGUCGAGUGGCUCUACCAGAACUCGAUCUCCCUGUCCGAUAAGCCAAAGACCGAGGCCAAGCUGGAUUUCCUUCUUGAUGUGUAUAUCCUAGCCGAUAUGAUCAUGUCCGAAGCUCUGAAGAACUUUGCAAUGGACAAGAUUCAAGACACCAUGUACGAUGCCGCACAUGUACAUCUUAACUACGAAGGAAGUAUUCUCAAUCCUACUAAAUUACGUGGAGUCCUCUCACUCGCGAGUGUGCAGAGGGUUUUCGAGAAUACCACGAGUUCGCGCGACGCUCCAAUUCGCCAAUACUGUGCCGCACUGGCUUCUCAUUGGAUCAUUCGGGGUGGAGAUGCGAAACAUGUGGCGGGGUAUUUCAUGAUUGAUGGGUUUGUGGAGGAGUUCUCGGAUUAUCAGACAUCAACCAGACACAAAGUCUUCGGUUUCGAGCAUGAAGAUUAUGGACCUCGUAUAAGAGAUGAUCCUAGAAUUAGUGGCGAGCAUCCUGUCGAAACUGAAUGUGGUGAUAUGCCAAUAGGACAUGAGAUAUGCCACUUCCACAUCCAUAGGGAAUCCGGCAAAUGCAUGUCAAUAACGAACUGGGUUGACCAUAGGCAUUGCCCCGAAUGUUACUCAGACUAA